AGCAAACAAAUGAAGAACUGGGCAACGGGGGGAAAUACGUAACCAACUUGGCUUCUAGUGAAAAGCUAUUUUGAGAAACAAUUCUUGAAUUACUUUCAUUUGGGAGAGCCACAUAGAAUUCGGGAGGUGAGGCAGCUCCUCCUGCUCAACCGUCGUACUUUUUCCUGGCCUUGUGAACCAAAUUAUCAGUAGAAAUGUUUAUAACGGUUCUUCAUGGAGAACACAAGGCCGAUCUUUUUAAUAUACACUGCAAAGUCCAGAUUUUGCUCGACGGCAUGAAAUACCGCUGUGGAUACGAAGAUAAAGAGGAAAUAGAGCUCGCCGAUGAGAGUGGCCAAGUCAAGAAUUUACUUCAAAACAAAUAUCACUAUGCGACAGAACUCCUGGGAGAACGAGAGACGUACGUGCUUCUCCGUGUCACAAAUGGAGAAAAACCUUCGGAGACUGAAUUUAGGCCACUGUUGAAGGAUGAGCACAUUAUUAACCCCAAGUUUCUAGCUAAAUUAGGAAGUUGUCAAGAACACAAGGGACCAUCCUCAAGGAUGAAAUCCAGACGGAUUCAUCGGAAGUCAACUUUGGAUAUUCCCCCGGCUGAAGGUACAGUAAGCUUGUUGUUAUGAAAAAAGAGCGGGAAGCUUGGAUGAUUAAACAUUUUGAUGGUUAAAAUGUUUUUAUUUUCCAUUUUUCAUUUUCAUACAGUCACUUAUGUACUGUG